AUGAUACUAGGUCAGAUCUCAUAUCUCGACUGCGCUGUCUUCUUCAUCUUCCUAGCACCGCAAUUACUAACCCAUGUCGGCAUUUGGCGGACAGCAACAUGGCUUCUUGGGGCUUUGCCAUCGUUGACGAUGCAAGUCCUAAUUCUUCCAUAUCAAUUCGUACGAGAACGAUACUUAACUCCUUAUGAAUACCGAAGUCCAUUUGUGCAGCGGGCAACCUUUUUUCAAGACAUCGUUAUCCGCUGUGUUCGAUAUGCAUUUGCCUUCAUGCCAGCGUUUCUAGGACGUGUUUUCUUUUCUAAGGCCGUGGCACUACCCUUUCUUCGCUUUCGCAUGCUCCGCCAUGGCUUCCUCUCCUCACCCCUUGCGUGGAGCGAGAUAGACCGCCCUGGCUUUCGUGGGAUAUGGAUUACGAGUAAUCAACUAGAACAGCCCGACAUCGUCGUCUACUACUGCCACGGUGGUGGCUUCUCCAUGGGCUCAUGCUACUUCUACAUGGAGUUUCUUCUUGCAUGGGUAAGCUUGCUCAAGGAUGCUGGGUACAGGAACCCAGCGUUAUUUGCCCUAGAAUAUACCCUCGUCCCUGAUGCCGUUUACCCCACUCAAUUACAGGAAACGCUAGCAGGCUACAAGUACGUGCUCUCUAUCGCACAGGACUCGAGUCGCAUUUGCGUUGGAGGGGAUUCAGCAGGUGCAACCCUAAUCCUUAGUUUCCUUCUCUACAUCACAGAUCACCCCGAACUCCGUCACCAGAGCCCUGGAUUUGCCAUCAUGAUCUCCCCAUGGGUCACAAUUAUCUCACGGAACAACCGAAACACCGCUAGCGAUUACCUCAACUCUAAUAGUCUUGAUCUCUACGGUCGUCAGUACAUUGGACCGAAAGUACCAGCCGACGAUCCACUCGUGUCACCUGGCAACUGUACGGAUAUAAUGAAGUGGACACGCGCCAGUCCGGAGAGGGGGUGGUACUUCAUUUACGGGUCCGAGGAGGUACUUGGCCCUGAGACACGAGCGCUCAUUGCAUUGCUAAGGAUGGCCGGGGUGCCCGUUCAGGCUCACGAAGAAAGAGGCGGUAUUCACGCAUGGCCAGUCGCUUCACUUUAUUUGGCCGAUACAAAAGACGAAAGAUUGCAUGGGCUUCAAGCUAUUGUGAGGGCGACUCGCAGCCGUAUAUUAUAUCACCAGCUUUCGGAUCGAAUUUGUACCAAGGCUUAA